AUGUGCUUGGGUGCUGUGAAUGUUGAGGCAGUGGUUGCGGAGCAGACUGCGAAGGCAACCGAGGCUCUCGUGGAUGAGCUGCUCCGCACAGCGGUGGCAGCCACAGCCGAGGCCCCAAAUCGCGCUGUGAAGAGACGUGUUCGUCAGCGCUUGCACAAGAAGUUGGGAGCUGUGCUCAACAAGCAGGAGUUUGAAGUGGCCAUGGAGCGCUUUCAUGCAGCUGCCGAGGCUCAGCGCGUUCGUCAAGAUGAGGCUGCUCGUCCACAACGUAGAGGCCCUGUCAAUCGAGCACCCGUCUCAGCUCCCAUCGGCGCGGCUCCUGCCAGGCCUCCGCAAGCCUCCCCGUCGCAAGUGGUGGCCGUGCCAGUAUGGAUGGUUGGAGCUCCUGUGGCUGGACCUGCCCCUGCCGGGAGGAUGGGCCAAGUGCAAAUGCCACAGAUGCCGCAGAUGCCGCAACAGAUGCAGCCGCGCUGGAAUUGCGGAAUACCGGUCUGCGCGGUUCAGGAUGUUCGCCAAUUCCAAGAGCAGGUUCGCGUGCCGGAGAUGACUUCCGCUCAGGCAAAGGUGCCACACAUGAACCAGACAUACAUGGAGCCACAGGAGGACCUCGAUCUUGGUGUCAAUCAGACUUUCAGGUUUCAACGUGCCAUGUCCGAGGGAGCAGGCUGUGACCACGUGCAGACUGUGCAGAAUGCAGGACCGGCUGCCAACCUUCCUGUGCAGCGCACGUUCAUUCA